CGGCGGCGAUUGGCGGAACAGCGUUGCAGCCGGACGCCGGGCUCAGAAUUGCCUAGGAAACGGCUGCCGAGGUCAACAAAAGGCUUUGCGGCAGAGAGAAGGCGAGAAUGGACUUCCUUCCUCCCCAUAAGAGCCCUUGACUGUGACGGAUUCAAUUUGGUCUCCAGAGUCAUGUUUCACCGGCAGAAACAAUUUUUGGUCUCCCUGUUUUCUCUUGGAGUUCACAGUAAUCGUUGCAUAUGCUCAUCUUAUCAAUUAAACCCACUAGUUGUACCUAAGUACUGCACUUAUCAUCUCAUAGCUCCCCCGCUACAGUCAAUGCUUGAUGAUAAUCCCGCAAGGCCUUUCAGGCUUGGGUUUCCUACCAUUGGAAUUUAUUCUUCACCUUUUACUUCCUCAAGCGACAAACAACUAGAUAAUGAUUUUACUGACAGUGAUGAAGACACCGGCGGUCGUUUAGUCCAUGGAAGUCAAGUUUUUUCCAGUGGAAGUGUUGAAAUAAUAAUGGGUAUUUUACAAGAUUCAAGGGAAAAUGUCUCUCAAGUGAAUAAACAGCUUGAAGAAUGUGAGGUAAAGGUCAUCCCCGAGCUAGUAUCGGAUGUUCUUUCAAGGCUAUGCAAUGACUGGGAAUUGGCAUUCACAUUUUUUAUAUGGGCUGGGAAGCAGUCAGGUUAUGCUCAUUCUGUGCGUGAAUUUCACUCCAUGAUUGCUAUACUUGGGAAAAUGAAGAAGUUUGACACCGCAUGGGCAUUGAUUGAUGAGAUGAGGGGUGGGAGGAACGGACCAUCACUAGUGACUCCACAGACACUCUUGAUUAUGAUAAGAAAAUAUUGUGCGGUACAUGAUGUUGGAAAAGCUAUCAAUACAUUCUAUGCACACAAGCGGUUUAACUUUGAAACCGGGAUGGAGGAAUUCCAGAACUUCCUGUCUGCCCUUUGCAGGUACAAGAAUGUGAAAGAAGCCGAGCACUUGCUGUUUGCUAACAAAGAAGUUUAUGGUUUGAAUACCAAGAGUUUCAAUAUCAUUCUCAAUGGAUGGUGUAACAUUGUUGGUAACCUGCGCGAAGGGAAAAGAAUCUGGAAGCUGAUGAAGAACAUGGGGAUUCGACGUGAUGUUUACUCAUAUUCUAGCAUCAUGUCAAGCCAUUCGAAAUCCACCAAUCUUAAUGCAGUACUUGCGCUCUUUGACCAGAUGAAAGAAUACGGGAUUGAGCCCGAUAGGAAAGUAUACAAUGCAGUAAUUCAUGCUCUUGCAAAGGGAAAGCUAAUGGAAGAGGCUCGGAAUGUGAUGAAGGCAAUGGAAGAGAAGGGCAUCCCUCCUAACGUGGUUACCUACAACUCGCUGAUCAUGCCCGUUUGUAAGCUUCGUCUAUCAAAUGAAGCCAAAGAAAUGUUUGAUGAGAUGACACAGCGAGGCAUAACUCCAAGUGUACGAAGUUUCCAUGCUUUCUUCCGCAUCCUGAGAACUGAAGAGGAAGUUUUCGAACAGUUGCAUAACAUGCAUGUGGUGGGCUGUCAUCCAACGCAUGAAACAUACACCAUGCUUAUUAGGAAGUUCUGCCGCUGGCAACAAGUUGAUAUUGUGUUCAAGUUGUGGGCUGAUAUGAUCAAGAGUGGGCUUGGUCCUGACCGCAGCUCAUACACUGCGCUAAUACAUGGACUUUUUCUGAAUGGAAAGCUCGACGAUGCGCACAAAUACUAUUUGGAGAUGAAAGAGAAAGGUUUAUUGCCAGAACCAAAGAUUGAAGAGAUGAUUCAGGCUUGGGCUGCUGGUAAGCAAGCAUCAGUGCCAUUGACGACAAGUUCAGUGGAGAACAGAGUUAGAAGCCCAGUAAACAAAGUUGGUACCAAACCCCAAAAAACGGAUAGGGGAAAAAGUUUCCUCCAAAACCCUGAAAAUAGAGUGGUUACAAGAGAACGUGGAUUCUCCUUUUGGGAUAAAUAGUACGGACACUUGUUAAAAUGCAUUUCAAUGCAGGUAAAAAUUUAAUUGGAACCUUUCUCACCCUGUUUCUAUGUGUCACACAAUGAAGAGUUAGGAGGAAAUCCAUAUUAAUCAACACAUAUGCAUGAUAAUGGGAUGAGGCAACUGCAUGAGCUGAAGAGCUAUCCAAACUUAACCCCCUGUGUUUCAUGCUGUUAGGAUGUUUUAUUACUCUUUGCUGGAGCUUGAGCGCGUGAUGAAGCAAACAGAUUAGUACUCGCGAGUACACAAGUACUCAUGUGGGAAUUUGGAUAAAGAUUGAUCGAGAUCCCUCAAGUAUUUCCCCCCUUCACUUCAAAUUAUAUCAUUCAUCCGGAUGUUCGACGAUGGCUGGCUGCGAUAACGUUAGGGACCUGCUCCAACUCUAAUUUCUUCAAGUUUUUUUCAUCUUAUUCAACAAUUGGUAACCGUAUAUUUGUCAAUUUGUUUUUCUUCUCCAAUUCCUUUGUAAAAGUGUGUUUAAAAUUUAAACUUACACCUUUUUUUCCUUGUUUGUUUAUAUUUUGAAAAAUUCCAAAAAAGAGUGUUAAUGUUA